AUGUUCAGCUCCCCAACAAUAAGCGAUAUCCAAAGUAUGCAUUUCACAUUCCUAAUUAUUCCAGAGAUUGGACUUGGACUUCUUUCUUUUGGUGGAGUAUUUUUAUUCCUCGGAAUUGUUUUAUUUUUUGAUUCAGCUCUUUUGGCUCUUGGAAAUGUUUUGUUCGUCGCAGGUCUGGGAUGUAUCGUGGGACCGAAGGGAACCAUUAGUUUCUUUUUCAAAGGAAACAGUUACCGUGGAACCGUGUUUUUCUUUGGGGGAGUCUUUGUCGUGUUUGCGGGCUUCCCUGUCAUCGGCAUGCUCCUCGAGCUGUACGGAAUCCUCUCUCUAUUCAGGCGGUUUAUGCCCGUCAUCAUCAAGUUCCUAUACGGCGUACCGGUGAUUGGUUGGAUUCUUUGGCUUCCAGGAGUGAAUAAAGUAGUGGACAUGCUCGGUGGUCGAUCAAAUUCGAUGGUUUGA